CUUCCAUUCAUUACAUCUUGACAAGCUUUGUUUGGCGCCAGAAUUUCUCUCAAUUCACUCCCAAACACAUUUGUAAUACAUUUCUCUCCCACCUGAUGCACUCAUAACAACAACACCAUCCUUUAUAAAGACAUUUCCAAUAUCAGAUGACAUUGGCAUAACUGAAGAUACAUUCUCAUUAUUUAUCAUCUUUUAAAGACCAAAAUGGAAAUAUUGUACAAAACAGAUAUAUAAGAUUGUUUCUACAAAUCUGUGGUGGAAUUCCUCUGAUAUAUUUACUCUGAAAUGUGUUAUUAGCAAACCUUCUGGAUAUCACUGGCUGGAGUGUCCACAAGAUGAAUCUGUGUAAGAAUUAAACUUGGAUUAUUUUAGUAAAAUGUUUUGGGACAAAAUUAACAAUGGACAGAAAUACAGCAGUUGAAAUAUUUGUAAACAAAAGACUAUAGAAUCAAAAAGGUGAAAAAAGAUUAUAUACUGUGAUUUUUGAAGAAAAAUAAUGGAAAAGAGUGAGAAUCUAAAGGAACUGAUUUUUCCUGAAGAUAGAGAAGAGGGGAAACAAAAACUGUCAUAUGACUGUGAUGUCUGUAAAAAGUCUUUCUCACAAAAGGGUCACUUAAAUAUGCACAAACGCGUUCAUACAGGGGAGAAUCCAUUUCAUUGUGACACCUGUGGUAAAUCAUUCUCUAAAAAAAUUAACUUGACUACACACCAACGUAUUCAUACAGGGGAGAAGCCGUUUCACUGUGACAUCUGCGGUAAAUCUUUCCCUCAAAGUAAUAACUUGACUAGACACAAACGUAUUCAUACAGGGGAGAAGCCUUAUCGUUGUGAUGUCUGUGGUACAUCAUUCUCUGACCAGACUGCUUUAAACUCUCAUAUACUUGUUCAUAGAGGGGAGAAUCCAUUUCAUUGUGACACCUGUGGUAAAUCAUUCUCUAAAAAAAUUAACUUGACUACACACCAACGUAUUCAUACAGGGGAGAAGCCAUUUCACUGCGACAUCUGUGGUAAAUCUUUCCCUCAAAAUAAUAACUUGACUAGACACAAACGUAUUCAUACAGGGGAGAAGCCUUAUCGUUGUGAUGUCUGUGGUACAUCAUUCUCUGACCAGAGUGCUUUAAACUCUCACAUACUUGUUCAUACAGGGGAGAGGCUAUUUCACUGUAACGUUUGUGGUAAAUCAUUCUCUCGAAAAGGUAGCUUGACUACACACGAACUUAUUCAUACAGGGAAGAAGCCAUAUCACUGUGAUGUCUGUUUUGCAUCAUUCCUUGGCCGAAGUGCUUUUAAUUCGCACAUGCGUUUUCAUACGGGGGAGAAACCAUUUCACUGUGACAUCUGUGGUAAAUCGUUCCUUCAAAAAGGUAGUUUGACUACACACAAACGUAUUCAUACAGGAGAGAAGCCUUAUCACUGUGGUGUCUGUGGUACAUCAUUCUCUCAGCGAAGUGCCUUUAAUUCGCACAUGCGUUUUCAUACAGGGAAGAAGCCAUUUCACUGUGACAUUUGUGGUAAAUCAUUCUUUCAGAAAGGUAGCCUGACUACACACAUACGUAUUCAUACUGGAGAGAAGCCUUAUCACUGUGAUAUCUGUGGUAAAUCAUUCUCUGACCGAAGUGCUUUAAAUUAUCACAUACGUGUUCAUACAGGGGAGAAGCCGUUUCACUGUGACAUUUGUGGUAAAUCCUUCCCUCAGAGUAAUAACUUGACUAGACACAAACGUAUUCAUACAGGGGAGAAGCUAUUUCACUGUGACACUUGUGGUAAGUCAUUCUCUCGAAAAGGUAACUUGACUACGCACAUACGUAUUCAUACAGGAGAGAAGCCAUAUCACUGUGAUGUCUGUCGUACAUCAUUCUCUGACCGAAGUGUUUUAAAUUCUCACAAGCAUGUUCAUACAGGAGAGAAGCCAUUUCACUGUGAUGUCUGUGGUACAUCAUUCUCUCAGCGGAGUUCUUUAGAUUCUCACAAGCGUUUUCAUACAGGGGAGAAGCCAUUUUGCUGUGACAUCUGUGAUAAAUCAUUCCGGCGAAAAGACAGCCUGACCAAACACCAACGUAUUCAUACUGGAGAUAAGCCAUAUGACUGUGACAUUUGUGGUAUAUCAUUCCCUCAGAAAGGUAGCUUGACCACACACAAACGUAUUCAUACUGGAGAAAAGCCAUUUCACUGUAAUGUCUGUGGUACAUCAUUCUCUCACCAAAAUGCCUUGAAGUCUCACAUACGUGUUCAUACGGGUGAGAAGCCGUUUCACUGUGACAUCUGUGGUAAAUCAUUCUCUCAAAAAGGUAACUUGACUAGGCACAUACGUGUUCAUACAGGAGAGAAGCCUUAUCACUGUGAUGUCUGUGGUACAUCAUUCUCUGACCAAAGUGUUUUAAAAUGUCACAAACGUGUUCAUACAGGAGAGAAACCAUAUCCUUGUGAUAUCUGUGGUAAAUCAUUCUCUCAAAGUAGUGGCUUAGCUACUCAUAAACGUUCCCAUACAGGAGAGAAGCCAUAUCACUGUGAUAUCUGUGGUAAAUUAUUCUCCACAAGUAGUUACUUGACUACACACAAACGUCAUCAUACCGGAGAAAAGCCGUAUCACUGUAAUGUCUGUAGUAUAUCAUUUUCUUCACAAAGUGCUUUAAAUUCUCACAUACUUGUUCAUACAGGUGAAAAGCGAUUUCCCUGUGACGUUUGUGGUAAAUCAUUCUCUCAGAAUUAUAACUUGACUAACCACAAACGUAUUCAUACAGGAGAGAAGCCUUAUCGCUGUGAUAUCUGUGGUAAAUCAUUCUCUCAAAGUGGCCACUUAGCUUCUCACAAACGUUUUCAUACAGGAGAGAAGCCAUAUCCCUGUGACUUUUGUGACAAAUCAUUCUCUCAUCAGUGUGCGUUGACUCGUCACAAACGUAUUCAUACCAAAGAGAAGCCAUUUCGCUGUGAAAUCUGUGGUAAAUCAUUCUCUCAAAGUGGCAACUUAGCUUCUCACAAACGUUUCCAUACUGGAGAGAAGCCAUACCACUGUGAUAUCUGUGGUAAAUCAUUCUCUCGAAGUAAUGACUUGACUGUACACAAACGUCUUCAUACAGGAGAGAAGCCUUAUCGUUGUGCAAAUCUUCUGGACAUCACUGGCUGGAGUGUCUACAAGAUGUGUCUCUUUGCAAAUUAA